AUGAACGUUCAAAAGUCCACUCGAUAUUUUGCCACAAAGCUAGAAAGAUAUAAAGCUCUGAAGAGAAGUGUUUUUCCAACAAUAAGUUAUUUAGACUAUAAAGUACUUGAUGAAAAACAUCAAGGUGUAGGUUUAACUACAUACGAAUAUUAGACCUAAUAAAAUUCUAAAGCACUUUUAUAUUUUCUUCCAGCUUAUGGUGAUUACUGUUAAAAUUACGGAGGAUUUUUCAAAAGUUUUGCCUCAAGAGGCAUCAGAGUGCUUGGUAUGGAUCGCAGAGGAUUUGGCCUGAGUUAAGGAAGAAGAGGCCACAUUCACGAAGCUCUUUAUGAAGAUACCUGGAAGUUUAUAGAUUAAGGCACUUACUUAAGAGGAUUUCCAAAAAAUCUUCCCAAAUUCCUCAUUGGCCACUCCCAUGGUGCUUUAAUUGCAACUAGAUUGAUAGAAUAAAUGCCAGAUUUUUUCUAAGGAGCAGCAUUAAUCUCUCCAUUUUACUAAUUUUCACCUUAGAUUGGUACACUACAGUAGGCUAAAAUAAAAGCAAUUCAAAUGAUAAAUCCUUAUAAAGUAGUUGAUUUAAAAGGUAAAAAUGAUCCAGAAUUAAGAGAGCUUUUCUAGCAUAUGACUUAAACUGAUCCAUUUUAUUACUUUAAAUGGCAGGCUCAAAAUAUCCUUGCUAUUUAGUAAGAUUAAGAAGAGGCUUAAAAGAAUAUUGAUUAGAUAAAAACUCCUGUAUUAAUGAUUUUGGGCAAGUAGGAUUAGAUUACAGAUGUAAAUUAGUAGAAAUAGGUAUUUGAUUAGAUUAAUAUAAAAGAUAAAAGGCUAAUAGAGCUUGAAAAUGAAGAUCAUUUUAUGCUUUGGUAUGAUGGGAUUUCAUAAAAAAUAGAGAGUGAUAUUUUGGACUGGAUAUUGCCAAGAAUUAAAUGA